AUGGCCUCCCAUGGGGAGAGCGUCAUGGACUUGGCGAGAAAGGUGAGGUCAGGCACGAACAUCAAAGAACAGGCAAAAUCUGUAGAUAGCUUGGCCCAGCUCUUAAAUCCUCGGAACACAUCUACGAACCUCUCUGACUUGGGAGAUAAAAGCUAUCACGAGAUAUUUGAAGCCAUAUUCGCCUUCGUACUCAAGGAUAAGCCUACUUACUAUGAUAAGAAAAAAUCACAAGCGACAGCCGCAACUCGAUUGUCGAAAUGCGCCGUCGCGGUUCGGAUGGCGGCAAGUCGCGGCGCCUCCAAGAUAGGACGGAAGACGCUGCUCGCUGCCGUAGACCACAUCACCCAAACCUUGCCUGGCCCUGGCAAUGACUUUGUACGGCCACUGCUCCACGAUUAUGUCAAGGCCCUGACGGAACUCAUAUCUCGGCCAGUCAACGCCGAGCUCUUGGCCAGAAAGAGUGCAGAAACGUGGCAGGACUGCGUUGACUUGUUUCUAGACGUUGCUCUCGACAUUCUCCCAAAUGAGACAAACACAGCUUCAUUGCCUCACGCAGCCAGGUCUUCUCCCGCACCAACUUCCUCCUCAUCUCGAUCUUUGCCUCGGUCAAAUUCAUCCUUGCAAGCCCAACGCCAGAAUGUACCAGGAGAAGGAGGUCCAUUGAAGGAUGUUCUUGAAGGUCUCUUCUGCCUAGUUUCGGCAGCCAAUGCUCCUAUCCUUCAACGAAUGAAGGAUAUUACCGACCUUGCCCUGAGAGUACUGAGUAUCAAGCAUCUCAGCUUGGGUUCUACGCAAACGCUUUGCUUCUCGAUUAUCAACACUGUCUUUCGCGCAAUUGAAGCCGAUCAUCUAGACGACGCAAUCACGUUGACAAAGAAUGUUUUGGCCCAUAUGGGCUAUUGGUGGCGCCCAGAAAAAGUCUCUCAGGAUGAACUCAUCAAAGGCUUAAGAAAUGAGAUAUUACGGGGCAUAGUUCUCAUGCAUCUACAUUUUGAGCAUAUCGUUGUCAACCUUGGAGAUCAAGUCGUACGCGGUGAGCUGGAGAAUCUGGUAGACCCUUUGUGGCAAGAGUAUUCCAGGCGAGGCGAAGCAUUCCGUCUACAGCUCAGUGAUUUAACCUUUGGUCCCUCAGCUUCAGAAGGACAAGUUAUGCAACUUGGACUAUUGAGACUUCGGCCUCAUAACAUUGAAGGGGAGAGCCAUUGGGCUAUUGUACAAAACCUCGCUUACUUGGAGGCUAUUUUACUGCGUUCUAAAAAAGAUGUCACGGAGCAGGAUGUGGACAAUGGAGAGCAACCUCGUAAGAGGAGACGAAUCCAGCAAGAUCUAAAUCCGAUCAGAGCCAAACUUAAAUUAGAAGACGCUGGCGUUGUUCGAACUGCCUUGCAGCUAGUGCCAUUCAUGCUGGCGACCAAUACUUUGAGUCAUAGCGAGGUCGAAGAGCUUCUCGGAGACCUUGCUCACUUUACUGGAGGCAAAAACACCGACACAGCGUCUUGGGCUCUGAUUGCUUGUGCUAGCUGUGCACUAUGGUCCAAAGAGUGUCGACUCCAACAGGACACAUGGAAGCAAAUCUGGCAUUCGGCUGCCCGGCUGCCGAGUGCUAGUCAGAGUACAUCCAGCUACAUUAUCAGAUGGGUUUUUUUGCGAUGGAAUCCGAGCGAGUUGACAUAUUCAUCCUUUCAAUCUGCUCAUGUACGGCCCAUUGAUCUCGUUAAUCUUUUAUACAUGUGCUGCGGAGCCCAAUCUUUCGGCACGGUUUGCCAAGAUAUUACCUCUGGUGGCCUGCUAGGUGAGGCAUGGAUAUCGCAGCGAGAGAUUGGAGAGUUCAACGAAUACCUCCUCUUGCUAGGGCAUGAGACAGCCGAUAUCAUCUCACACGAGUGUUGCUAUCUAUCAUACAAGGAAGCCUUGCCUCUCACGGCGGAUGCUAGCAUCUUCUUUACAUUGAAGAAGCUCGUCUUAGAACUUCUUUAUCCCAAACUCGAAGAUCUUAGGGAGUUGUCCAUCUCCUGGAGCAAAAGAGCAAGCGAUGGAACGCUGCUGGUGCCCCAUAUCAACGAUCUCAAUUCUACUCAGUCGUCUUCUAUCGAAGCGCUCUUGGUGGAUUUAGCCGAGAGAGCUCUUUCAGCUGCACUGAGCUCAGUCGAGCCUACAACCUUCGUUGGCUUGACUCUGAAAGAGCUGAGAUCAUGCAUACCCGAAAUUAGCACCGCAAGUUUGAGCCAGCUGUUUGGAAAGCACCCUGGCAUCCUCAAUCUUCUUUCCAAGAUUUCUAACAUCAUUGAACAGCGAGAAUCAAGUCAGCGGUCAGGAGAUCACUCAGACUUCAUGGACGUAGAUGAUGAUUUCGAUACUUCCAACAGUCAAGCUAUGUCUUCAUCAAACACUUACUCAGUGCCAAGGCAUAAUGCCCAACUCAGCCUAAAUCCACAAGCGUUUUACAUUGAUACGCGACUGCGGCUCGUUCUCUUAAGGCUCAUCCAGCAGGAUGAGAGUCAACUGGGCUUAUUGCCCGAUUUAUUUGUUGACGAUCUUCUAGCACGAUCUGAUGAUGAGAUCCUCUCCUGCCAGCGUCUCUUGAUAGAGAUUAUUAGAUCUGACCUUGUCAUUUCUACGGAAGCAUCAUUGGCAAUUGUCGAGAGGCUUGGGAGAAUAGUAGGGAAUCCGGAGUUCCAGUCAUGCGAAGUCGCCCUAACCACCUGUCUUGAAGUUAUCGAUGGCCUCAGCAACGUCUGGCUCCAAGAUAACCAAACCUUGUCAGAUAUGGUUGGCGAUCUCUAUGUUCAUUUUGUCAACGCCUGCUUUCCUUCUAACAUUCUCUCACCAAAGACUCAAAUGUCACUUGCUCGUUUAUUAUUCACUCUGCUACGGAUUGACCCAGAGUAUGGAACAAAGCUGAAGCUUUCCUCGUGCCGAACCUCUCUACUCUUAAUAAUGAACAAGGGUUCAAUGAAAGUCAAAUGUUUUAUUGCAGAGAGGAUAGCAGGUAUAUUCGAGCUCUAUAUCUUGAUGCUUCACGAAGACGUUUUUGUGGAUGUUCUGGAAAAUCUCCCGAGGGAUAGUGAGAAUAAGGCGGGCAUUGCUUUCCGCCUAUUCGUAUUAUCCAAGAUAGCUUGCAGCUGGCCCACCCUCCUGAGAAGAUGCGUCUAUCAUAUAUUUGAAACCCCAGGCAAUAUAUCUCAAUCAACAGACUAUACCAAACGAUGUUUAUCGGAUAUCUCCAUUGUUCUGAACCUCGAAACGCCGGCGGAUCUCUUCCAGUUAUUUUCUCGCCAACUUCUAUAUACUUGGCUAGAAGGCAAUACAGUGGAAAGCAUUCCUUAUUCGAUCUUCGGAUAUACUAGCCUUGGAGAGCUGUUGAAAUCUGCACAAGGGGAAGCGAUUGGGCUAGCAACAAUGCGAGGACAGGAUGCUGCAAGCGCAGAAAUAGCUCGCCUGGUUGGCAUGCCUGAAAGCCAACUUAUCCAACAAAAUUUUGCAACCUCGUUAGCAUACGGCUUAUUGGAAUCACUGCAGGCAAGCCAAGAGAAGACAAAGGGGGGAGAGAAGACCAAAGCGGAAGAUAACGCGAGAGGAGAAGAUCGCAUUAAGGGAAAGCUAGGUUCCAAAGUCUUUAUCGAUGCAGCCUAUACGCACUUCAUCGAUAUUGUUGCACUUUUCUUUGAUCUCAUUGACCAAGAAGACUCUAUCGAAAAGAUCUUCUCAAGACAGGCGCACCUCAAGUAUGCAGGAGAAAACAUGGCAGCGAUCAAGGCAAUUGCACAUUCUCCAGCUAACCUUCCGCCAAAUCAGCAACCCAUGUUCAAAGCGAAAUUCGUGUUCAACGAACUUGUCCGUCUUUGUCAAAGCACUGAGUUCCAGUUUCAGGACCUCUGGACGCCAGCCGUCGUAUCUGCGAUUACCCGAAAGCUAUUCAAUACAGUUCACCCAGCACUAGGCUCUCUUCAUGCAUGCUCUGUUCUUCGCAAAGUGAGAAUACUAGUGUGCUUAGCCGGAUCUGUCGCUUGGGAUUCAUACUGUUUAGAAAUGCUAUUGACGUCCAUUCGGAACUUCAUUGUGGACUCUGAAUGCGCAGAUGAUGCCCUGGGCAUUAGCCAGUACUUACUUUCCCGAGGGAAACUAUACUUAGCCCAAGUUCCCUCGUUCCUUGCUGGCUAUUCUCUGUCGACUUUAGCAUCGCUUAGAGUCUUCCUCGAAUCCAGUCAGUCGAGUACUACACAAGAAGACCAGUUCAAGGCUACCAUGAGUAAAGCGCAAAAGUUUCACGAGUGGUUUAGUCAGUAUCUAGCAGAGUAUACCUCUCCGAGAUUCGAAAGCCAACCACAAAAUGACUUAUUCAAAUCCAUCACCAUGUCUGCAGCUCAUAUACGGUCUUCUGGUAAUGCGGAGAAAAACACGUCAGAGAGUAAGCUACUUCUGGAUAUCCUUAACGAUGAGAUAGCCGGAAGCCGGCUCCUCAAUGAGUCUUCGAGACAGCUUGCCCUUGGUCUCCUGUGUGGCGAUUUCAUGAUCCCGACGCAUCUAAGAAAUGAUGUUUUGGAAAAUGACCAGCAUGCAAUUAAUCAUGCUUCAGCUGUGUGGAAAAGCUGUGGAGCUCAAAAUCUCAGCGAAAAUUACUUGGCCUGGGCAGGACGAGUUGUUGGUCGUUCAUUUCUAGCGUCCGGAAGCAUUCCUGACGAUAUACUGCGAGAGUCACGACUCGACCAGUAUGAGAAGAUAGCACCGGGGCCUCAUGGAUCCGAAAUGGGACUCUUACAUCUCCUACAAGAUCUUACGACGAAUCCAGACUCUAUCACUGCAGGAUUGGCUGAAGCCACAUUGCGAACUGCAAUAUCGCGAGCAGUUGUGGAAGACGAUGGUCCGCUCGUCACAGCGGGCCAGCGAAGUCUGUCCGAGCCGCUUUUCCUUGCAUCACAAUGGGGAUUAUACAGGACUCCCCCUUCGGAAAUGACUCCGACAGACGGCGACCAGUUCUCGUGGGCUGAAGAUAUCACAUCGAAAAGCUGGUUACCUCGAUUGAGUGCAUAUCUUGCACAUUCAGUACCAAGUUCAAUCCUCCUCUCAGUGCUGUCAUCGGGUCUCCUGAAUAUCAAGGGUUUCGCUGAGAAAUCUUUUCCUUUCAUCGUUCACUUAGUGCUCUAUUUUCAGUUAGAGCAGCAACAGGCGACUAAGAAGCUACUCUCGAACGCUAUGAAACAAUGGCUUGUGUCAACUGACCAAACAGCUAAAGAGAAUAUCAAGCUAUUGAUUAACACUAUUCUCUAUCUCAGGACCCAAGAAUACCCUAAGGAGUCAUCCAUAGUAGAUCGACUGCAUUGGUUGGAUAUAGACUACGCUUUAGCAGCGUCGUCCGCAACUCGAUGUGGGAUGCACAAAACAGCUCUUCUUUUUGCUGAGAUUGCCGCCUCGGAAACGUCACGCGCAUCUCGAAGAACUUCUGUUGCCAAAGAGGCCGAUAUGAAUGAAACUCUUUUGGCAAUCUUUGAGAAUAUCGAUGAUCCAGAUGCGUACUAUGGCUUAGCGGAGGAAGCAAGCCUAUCCAGCGUCCUGUCUCGUUUGGAAUACGAGCAAGCUGGCACGAAGAACUUGGCUUUUCGAGGCGCUCAGUACGAUAGUCACAUUCGACUACAACAGAACACAUCAGAAUCGGACGCUCAUGUACUCGUUAAGACAUUGGGCACGCUAGGUUUGGCCGGUCUAUCUCAUUCUCUAAUGCAGACACAGCAGAAUCUCGGUUCGACUGCGACCUCCAUAGAAAGUACAUUUCAAACUGCCCGAAGACUUGAAAUAUGGAACCUUCCUGUGCCGGCUGCAAGCGACCAUCAUGCUGUUGUCACUUACAAAGCAUACCAGACUAUGCAACAGGCAACAAGCCUGGUGGCAGUCCGAGCGGCAAUAUACGACGGCUUUGCUCGCACAAUGAAGAGUCUGGUUGGCCACAGUCGCAAUGCAACGGCAUUACGAAGCCGCCUUGGAGCUUUGGCAGCACUUUCUGAGUUGGACGAGACCUUGAAUAUUACAGACUUGGCUGAACUGGAGGGUCAUAUGAGUCAAUUUCAGGGGCGCAGCCAAUGGAUGAAGAGCGGCUUAUACGACGAUGUCAGCCAAAUCCUCUCUUGUCGAGGCACAACAAUGAGCUUGUUCAGCCAGCGUGCAUUAUCUCUAGGAUAUGCCACAUUUCCUACAGCAGCUAUUAGGCAAACAGAAAUCAAGUCAAUGCUCCUCGCUUCCAGCAUUUACAGAUAUCACCAAGCCACACAAGAAUCAUUGAAUAUCUCGACAGCUCUGAAUGACCUUAUCAAGCCGUGCGAAGCAUUGGGUAUUCACGUUGACGUUGCUGUUACGAUCGAAGUGGCAAACUCAUUAUGGGACCAUGGAGAAAUGAGUUCAUCGAUUAAAAUGCUUCAGGGCGCUGACAACGUUGCAGCACUUAAGAAGCAAGCGAUACCUGUGAGCCGGUCUGACCUCCUUUCGAAAAUUGGCCAUCGAAUGUCUGUUGCGCGCCUGGAGAAACCCCGAGAUAUACAAAAGAAAUACCUCGAGCCAGCGCUCAAAGAUCUUAGAGGUAGCGUUGAAGCAAAAGGAGCGGGUCUGGUAUUCCAUCAAUUCGCUGUGUUUUGCGACGAGCAGCUUCAAGACCAAGAUAGCUUGGAGGAUCUCAAACGAUUACAAAGCCUAAAGAAGGGCAAAAGUGACGAGGUCGAAGACCUUAAACUACUUAUCUCAUCUACUAAAGAUUCACAACUUAGAGCCAAAUACACCCACGUUCUUUCAAAAGAAAAGCAGUGGCUCGAUCUCGAUGAACAGGAGCUGCGCCGUGUUGAAACAACGCGGAAUGAAUUCGUCCGCCUAAGUCUAGAAAACUAUCUGCUCUCACUCGCCUCUUCAGAUGAGCACAACAACGAUGCCUUGCGAUUCACAGCACUCUGGCUUGAAAGAUCAGACGACGAUACGACUAGCAGAGCGGUUGGAGCCCAUCUUGCCAAAGUACCGACUGCCAAAUUUGCAGGACUCAUGAGCCAACUCACAUCGCGGCUGCAAAGCCAAGAUUUGACAUUUCAACAGCUCCUCGCAGAUUUGGUUUACAAUAUCUGCGUCGAUCAUCCGUACCAUGGCAUGUAUCAUAUCUGGUCUAGUACCAAGGCGAGAGUGCAGCAGAAGGAUGAAGUGGCGGCCCUCCGCGCGAAGGCCAACGAGAAGAUUGCGCAAAGGCUUGCAACCACAGAUGCUGUUGCUGAUGUGUGGCUCUCGAUUGAGAAAACGAGCAAAUACUAUCAUGGCCUUGCUCUAGAUAGAGACCCUGCAAAGUACAAGUCGGGAGCAAAGGUGGCGUUGAAAGAUUCCACGGCAGCCAAGAAUUUGGUGACGUGCCUGACCAAAUUUCGCAUUCCUCCGCCGACAAUGCAUAUCGAGGUCAGUGCGAACAGGGAUUAUUCGGCAGUACCCAUGAUCUCGAGGCUUGAGCCGACAAUGACAAUCGCUUCCGGAGUGAGUGCACCGAAAAUCAUCACUGCUAUUGGAACAGAUGGUAUGAAAUAUAAGCAGCUGGUAAAGGGCGGCCAAGAUGAUCUUCGCCAAGAUGCCAUCAUGGAGCAAGUUUUCGCGGCUGUCUCAUCACUGCUGAAGCUUCAUAGAGCCACCCGACAGAGGAAUCUAGGCAUUCGAACAUACAAGGUGCUUCCGCUCACGGCCUCUUCUGGGCUGAUCGAGUUUGUCCGCGAUACAAUUCCCCUACACGAAUUUCUCAUGCCAGCACAUGAACGGUAUAAUCCUCGUGAUCUUAAGGGCACUCAGUGCAGAAAAGAGAUAUUCAACGUUCAGAAUAGAACGGUGGAGCAGCGCAUUAGCACUUACAGGAAAGUCACUGAAAGAUUUCAACCUGUUAUGCGAUACUUCUUCAUGGAGUACUUUGUCGAUCCUGACGAGUGGUUCGCAAGAAGGCUAGCAUACACGCGAAGUACAGCAGCUAUAUCGAUGCUUGGUCAUGUACUAGGUCUGGGUGACCGUCAUGGCCACAAUAUUCUUCUAGACACCAAAACCGGAGAGGCUGUCCAUAUCGAUCUGGGUAUCGCGUUUGAGACAGGCAGGAUCUUGCCUGUGCCAGAGCUUGUUCCAUUCCGCCUUACCAGAGAUAUCGUGGAUGGCAUGGGAAUAGCAAAGACUGAGGGCGUGUUCCGUCGCUGCUGCGAAUUUACCCUUGACGCUCUUCGAGAAGAACAGUAUUCAAUCAUGACGAUAUUGGAUGUGUUGCGGUACGAUCCUCUGUAUAGCUGGUCGGUCUCGCCGGUGCGGUUAGCCAAGCUACAGAAAGCUCGUCAGGAUGGCGACGGAGCGAUUGACGACGCGGUUCAAGCGGACGUAGAUCCAAAGAAGGGGAAGAAUCCUGCAGGACGUCUGAAUGAGCCGUCUGAAGGUGAUCGAGCCUUGGAGGUUGUGAGGAAGAAGCUUUCAAAGACGUUGAGCGUGACGGCCAUGGUCAACGAUCUUAUCAAUCAAGCGACAGACGAGCGAAACCUUGCAGUAUUGUAUUCCGGAUGGGCGGCAUAUGCACCUCGACCUGCUCCUAGCACCGACAUCGUGCCACUGUGCCUCUGUGCCACCAAGCUCGGCCCGUAUCACCGAGCCAUCGACAGACCACACAGCGGGUUCGAUUGCUCAUCGGCGUUCAUGCAACCAGCGACAGUCGACCCGCCUUCUUCCUCUCGCCGCCGCCCUCGCGUGUCCUCGUCCUCGUCGCCCACGUCGUCACCAUCAGCAGCUAAGAGGCCUCGGUUCUCCGACAGCUUGGCCAUGGCUAGCGUUUCAGCGAGGGUCAAGAUGCCCGACAUUGUCGACCUGACGAAGCGUCAGUCGGCAUAUCAGCCUUUGAGUGGAGCGCGCAAGCUGGUCAUCAAGAACGUGCGCAGUCCCGUCCACCAGGAAGCCCGGAUUAAAGAGUACUAUGCGCGGACGGAGCGGGAGCUCGACGGAGCACUGGACGCAAUCUUCAACAGCCGGACUCCGGCCAUUCCGCUUGAGCGUCUCUACCGAGGCGUCGAAGACAUGUGCCGAAAGGGAAAUGCCGAUACAGUGUACAGGACGCUCAAGGACAAGGUGGACGGCCAUCUGAAGAAUGUGGUUCUCCCCAAGAUUCAGAGCGCAGCCAGGAUAUCUGCUCUUGAUGUUCUGAGGAGCACGCUAGCAGAAUGGAAGACGUGGAAUGCUCAGACGAUCCUCGUCAGAUCGACCUUUAGCUAUCUGGACCGCACAUAUCUGCUCCUCAAGUCUUUACCAUCAAUAAACGACAUGGCUAUUACGAGAUUCUGCCGAAUGGCCUUUUCGUCGCAAAAUGUAGAGUCUAGCCCAAACAUUGGUGCAUUUCUUAUUUCCGCAAUAUGCGAGUUGAUCAACUUUGAUCGUCGGGGAGACAAUCGGAAAGAUUCUGAGCUGCUCAAAGACUCUAUCAUGAUGCUUUAUGUGUUGGGAGUAUACACAAAAUAUUUCGAGCCCGUAUACCUACAGCAAUCCGAAGCAUACUUUAGAGAAUUUGGAGAAACUUGCAGCCCACUGAGCCUGAAAGAGUACAUAGAAGCCUGUGAGCGGCUCCUGGAGCGUGAGGAUUACCGAUGCAUGGCGUACAACUUGGACAGUACAACAGAGAGGCAGUCAAUGUCAUUGGCGCAUAGUAUCCUCAUCGAUAAAUACUCGGAUAAGCUCCUUCAUGGAGGAAGUUUGUCAAAUCUGUUAACUGAUCGGGAUGUAAGGUCUCUGAAGGGAUUAUAUGACCUUCUCCGGUUAUCAGGAAUACAAAAGAAGCUAAAGACACCGUGGAGCGACUAUAUUCGAGAAACGGGGGCUUCAAUAGUGUCCGACAAGACCAGAGGCGACGAGAUGGUGAUUCGCCUCUUGGAUCUCCGGCGAGCGCUGGAUCUGACCAUUCGCGAUGCAUUCAGCAAAGACGAAGAUUUCCUCUGGGGAAUGCGCGAGUCAUUUGGUAAGUUCAUGAAUGACCGCAAGAUUGCCGAUUGCUGGUCUUCAGGCACAUCGAAGAUUGGCGAGAUGACAGCGAAGCACAUCGAUAUGCUACUUCGUGGUGGCAUAAGAGCCCUUCCUAAGGAGCUUCUGUCCGAUGUCAAGGAUCGAGCUGCGGCAGAGAAAGCGGGACAUGCCAGCAGUGCAGAUGAAGACGCUGAAUUGGACAGGCAGCUGGAUCAAGCUCUCGAACUUUUCCGAUUUAUCGAGGGCAAGGACGCCUUUGAGGCCUUUUACAAGAAAGACUUGGCUCGUCGACUUCUCAUGGGUCGCAGUGCUAGUCAAGAUGCUGAACGGAAUAUGCUCACCAAGUUGCGAGGAGAGUGCGGCUCCAACUUCACCCACAACCUGGAGCAGAUGUUCAAAGACCAAGAGCUCGCCAAAGAUGAGAUGGAGGCUUACAAGGAGUGGUGCGAGGGCAACCCUGACCGCACCGGCAAAGUGGAUCUGCAAGUAAUGAUUCUUUCAGCUGCUGCAUGGCCGACAUAUCCCGACGUUAGGUUAAAUCUGCCUGAUGAGGUGGCCAAACGCACUGAGCAGUUCGAAAGACACUACAAAAACAAGCACACUGGCCGAGUAUUGACAUGGAAGCACUCACUCGCGCACUGUUCUGUAAAGGCAACCUUCCCUAAGGGGGCAAAGGAGCUCUUGGUGUCCGCAUUCCAGGCUGCUGUGCUUUUGCUCUUUAACGAUGUCGCAGCAGAUGGAUUCCUGGCGUAUGAGCAAAUCUCGGCCGCCACCGGCCUCCAGGGGGGUGAUUUGGACCGAACACUUCAGUCACUAGCAUGCGGAAAGGCGCGUGUACUGACAAAGCAUCCAAAGGGUCGGGAUGUGAAUCCCACAGACACAUUUACUUUUAACAAGGCCUUUACCGACCCCAAGUAUCGUGUCAAGAUCAACCAGAUUCAGUUGAAGGAAACCAAGGAAGAAAACAAGGCUACACACGAAAAGAUUGCCCAAGACAGGCGCUUCGAGACUCAAGCAGCGAUUGUGCGCAUCAUGAAGAGCCGCAAGACAAUGGGCCACGCCGAACUGGUGGCCGAAGUCAUCAAUUUGACCAAGAAGAGAGGCAGCGUCGAGCCAGCCGCUAUUAAGAAGGAGAUUGAGAGUCUCAUUGAGAAGGAUUACAUUGAAAGAGAGGAAAACUCUUACACUUACUUGGCAUAA